AUGCUGCAAUGCGAUGGAAGCAAGUUCUGCUCAAAAGACAAUGGCCUAUCAUUCUACACCUGUGCGGCAAACGAGAAACCCUUCAUUCCGGCCUACUCAACAUCUGUAGAAUUCUCUACCGACAGUACUGCAGCAGUGGUGGCUUCUGGCUCAAACAAUUUGAACUGGCUACACACCACCAUCUCUCAAUGGCUGGAUAAGAUGUGCUACUCCACUUCUUGCGCGGCCUCUCCCUCGUCUCCACACAGCCAAGAUCUUCUCUACAAAGGUGUAGGAUUCGGUCUGGCGAAAGGGACACUCACAUUGGGCGUCUCUGAGGCACAAUUCGACCAGAACUCUCCAGCGGAGCGCGAGACAGCCAUCAACCUAGCUUCUCUGGCCAUCAUUCGUGCCGCAAAAUGCGAGACGCAGCAUUACAAAGAGAAGUGUACGGCGUAUAAUAGCGAUUGUGAUCUGCAAAGCAUUGUGAUGUGCAAGGCACCAAGCGAUAUGAACAUUCAAAUGUGGAGCAUUGAUGAGCAGGGACAUUCGUCGCUCCACACUAUGCUGCAUGUCCAGUUGAAGUGGGAUGACAAGUCUACGCCAUUUGAUUGCUCCGUGUUGGAUACCCCGUUGGGCAUGCUCGAAACCCUGACUGAAUAUGAGCCAGAGAUGAAAAAGGCGACGGAGUUCGCAGGUGCAGUUGUCGCGAUUUGCAAAGGCAUUUCUAGUCUUUUCAAUGGCGGCAAGUAA